CUAUCAGUCGAGCAUGAUGAGGAUCCUGCUGGUCUGCAGCCUGGCGGUGAUGGCGGCGGCCAAGCCGCGCCAAGCCGUCACCCCCAUCGACCAGUGGGUGACGGACCCGCCUUCACAGUCCGGCGACGACCGCAAACCAGUUAUACCUGUCGACAACAGCUUCGAGUACCGCAACCCCGACUUUACGGACGACGGCCUGGAGCUGUUCGAGUCGGACAUGGUACUGACGGAGGCGCAACGGUCGAACCGGCAGGCCAGCAGCAACCUCUGGACCAGCCCGGUCAGCUUCGCCAUCAGCUCCACCUCGGCGGGCGACCGCACGGCCAUCUUGGCCGGCAUCCAGCACUGGCGCGACCGCACCUGCAUCGAGUUCAACGAGGUGUCCGAGGGCUCGUCCACGCCACACAUCAAGUUUAUCAAGUCGAGCGGCUGCUGGUCAUACGUGGGUCAGGUCACCGGCUCGGGCGGCCAGGAUCUGAGCAUCGGCACCGGCUGCACCGGGCUGGGCACUGUGGCCCACGAGAUUGGCCACGCUUUGGGCCUCAGUCACCAGCAGUCGCGCACCGACCGUGACACGUACGUUGAGAUCCUUUUCCAGAACAUCCAGUCGGGCAGGGAGGGCAACUUCGCCAUCCGCAGCAGCUCCAGCAACUAUUCGGUGCCGUACGACCUGACCUCGGUCAUGCAUUACGGCAGCACGUACUUCACCAGCAACGGCGAAAACACGAUCCAGGUGCGCAACUUCCUACACGAAGGUCUGAUCGGGAACCGGGGCGGCCUCUCCCACCGUGACCAGCAGAUCGCCAACGCCAUGUACCAGUGCGCCUCCCCGUGCUCGAGCCCGCCCACCUGCCAGAACGGCGGCUUCGUCGGCGGGUCAUGCACGUGCGUCUGCCCGAGCAACACGGCUGGCACAAACUGCGAGACGCUCAACGGUGAGUACUAUCCGGGACCGGACUGCGGCGACCAGGACAUGCGCCAGCCGGGCACUAUCACCUCACCCAACUAUCCAAGCAACUUCCCCGUCAACGUCGUCUGUUACUGGGUCAUUACGGCCGGCGAGGGCCAGACGGUCAAGGUUACGAUCAACGACAUGGCCAUGCUGUACCGGCGCAACGGGCAGUGCUAUUGGGACUUCUUGGCGCUCCGCUACAGCGGCGACGUUCACACCAACGACCAGAAGGCGUGCGACGACGAACUGCAGGGCCAGAGCUUCACGUCUACUGGUAACAGCUUCAUCGUCCAGUUCCAUUCGGGCAACUACGGCUGGCAUCGCGGCUUCACCGCCGACGUCGAGUUCCUGGGCACAGCGCAGACCACCACCUCCACCACUGCCUCCACCACCACCGCCUCCACCACCACCGCCUCCACCACCACCGCCUCCACCACCGCCGCCUCCACAGCGGCUCCAAGCGGUAAUUGCGGCGGUGCCCGGCGCCUGCCUUAGACAUACAACAACCGCGCACGAAUCUUCAGCCCCAAAGUCAGAAGUGGGCGGUCAGAGCUAAAUAGAUCAUGACAUGGUCUUAUGAUGGGACUUACUGCUACGGCCGGCUUUGCCGGAAUGUAAAUAAAAUGCAGAAGCUGUGCAACA